AUGUUGAAAAGAUAUAGCUCGAGUGUAGAAUUGCUACCGCACGAUGUUGUAGAGCUCAUACUAGAGAGACUUCCGGUCAAGUCACUACUGAGAUUAAGGUCUGUUUCAAAGACGUGGAAAUUAACAAUCCAGACCCGGCGUUUCCAGGAAAGGCAGCUGAUCCAAUAUUGUAGCCAAUCACGAGAUCCAGAUAUCCUUUUGGUGCACCAUGGUGAUCAUGGUCCGAACACAGAUGCUCGAAGACUUGUGUUUGGCUCAUCAGUGGUUUAUACUGUCUGUUUCCCUACUUUGUGCAACUCGGUCUGCCCUAGUAUUUGUGAUGGUCUAGUAUGCUUCUACAAUAACUACGUUCCGAGUGUCAGUGUCGUGGUGGUGAAUCCCACCACUAAGUGGCAUCAAAGUUUACCUCUUGCCAGGAUUCAACAGCUCCUCGUCGACAGGAUUACAAAAAGAUUGUUUUGCUCUCCAUAUUAUAAGCUUGGAUUCGGUAAAGAUAAAAUCAGGGGCACAUACAAGCCGUUUUUUUUGUACAAUUCAUCUGAAUUUGACCUAGACAACGUUACCACUUGUGAAGUCUUCGACUUUGGCACUAGCAUUUGGAGAUACGUUCACCCUGCUUCUCCUUGUCGAAUAAAUGUUCACCUUGACCCCGUGUACUUAGAUGGGUCACUUUACUGGUUUACGGAGUGUGAAAAAACCAAAGUAUUAUCUUUCGAUCUUCACACCGAAACUUUCCAGGUCAUCUGUAAAUCUCCUUUUGUCCAUGCACGUGAUGAUCCUUAUAGCAUCAGCAUGUGCAUCCUCGAUAACUGCUUGUGUGUAUCCGAGAAUAACUUGACCACCCAAGAGAUAUGGUCAUUGGAUUCUUCAGGCAGCAACAUCAAGACAUGGAACAAAAUGUGUUCGAUAGAUCUCACCAAAACUCUUAACUGGUUCGGAGAAUGCACACUCUUAGCAAUAGCAUUUUCGGAGAAGAACAAGUUGUUACUUCGUGGUCGUGGAUUCUAUCAACCACUGGUGAUACAUGAUAUCCAUACUAAAUCUUAUGAGUUACUCUUCGAAACUAACAAGUACGUAGAUUUUGUUUGUUAUUUCCAAAGUUUGUUUUCUGCUUCAUCAGACUAGUUUUCUCUUUCUUUUAUUUUCUACCGAUGAACCAUUGUAAUUUAACAUGUUCCACAUUUGUGUGACCUUGAUCUUCUCCCCUUUGGCUUCUUAUUGUCUUCAGCGUUAUUAUAUGGUAUUUCCACAUUCAUACAUUACAUAUUAUAAUGUCUGAUGAGUGAUGAGUGAUUCAUGUAUUAAGUUUAGAUCAUACCACCAGUAAGUUAAAAGUUCACAGCAACAUGGUACAUUGUGUUAUCAUCUAUUCAUAUAUAUAAAUGUUUAUCCUGGUUGUCAUAUUGGGGUCUACAUAUUCCUCUUUGUUCUCUAACUGUUAGAGAAUUUCCAAAAAAAAAAAAGAAAAUAGGAAAUGUUAUAAAAACUAGAAUCAGUUUUGGAGUUUUGUUUUUCGUCUUACAACAUGCAUAGCUAUGACUUUGUAACUUGUAACUCAUAGCAUGAACAAAUAAAAUUAAAGCUACAAGCAACAACCAGAGCCUAUAUAGUUUUGUGAAUGCUCUUGUUAGUUGUUACUACUACUACCAAUUUGAUGGAUACGAGACAUGAUCAUGUGAACGUUGAAUCAUUCACCAAUGCUUAGAGAACACCACUUUGUUUUUUUUUUUUUGAAUAAUCUAUACUGUCUAUGCUGGUGUUAAAAAAAAAAAACAGUCUAUGCUGAUUUUGUGUUUCAUUUAUAUCUA